UUAUUCGUAUUUACCGUAUGUUAUGUUCAUUUUGUGUCGCGGCUCGGUGCGGGUUGUGUUGUGUGUAUUGUACGUCGCGGCGGUGCACGAAAGUGGAAUACUAAAUACACUGUUGAAUAACGGUUCAUAAAAGACCAGUGGGUAUUUCCAAGUUUCAUGUGACGUGAAAAUGAGGCUGGCAUCAUGUUUACUUGUCGCAGCAAUUGUAAUGGGCGAAACAAAGGAUCUCAAAUUAGAAACAUGGAUGAGAGAUCUGCCAGAACAGCUUAAAGAUAUGCCAUUUAUAUACCUUGCUAUACCAGGGAGUCAUGACUCCAUGACCUACGGCAUCACUCGGUCAAGUGGGCUAGCCCCCGAUGCCGAGCCCAUCCUCCACAGACUGUACCCUCUGUUCCGAGGUACGAUCAUGCGCUGGACCAUCACGCAGAGCCUAGAUACGUGGCAGCAACUUCUAAUUGGCAUUAGGUACCUUGACUUAAGACUAGCCACCAAGCCUGGCACCGAAGAGUUCUACUUUACUCACGGACUUUACGCUGAGGAGAUAACUAGUGCUCUGAGACAAGUUAAAGACUUUGUUGACACACACCCUGAGGAGGUAGUAAUUCUGGAUCUCCAGCAUUUCUACGGCUUCACCCCACCAGAUCACCAGCGGCUGAUGCGCCUCCUGAUCAACCUGUACGGCCCCAAGCUGGUCCCUAGACAUCUGGAUCUGCGCAGUGUCACUCUUAACUCGCUCAACAGAUUGAACCAGCAGGUAAUAGUGGUAUACCGCAACGAAUCAGUAUACACAACGACCGAAUUCUGGCAACCGCAGAUGCUUCCGUCGCCGUGGCCGCAGCAGGACAAGGUGUCAGGCCUGCUGCGGUUCCUGGAGUACAUCCGGCGGCACCCCGGCACCGGGUUCGUGCACCAGGCCGUGCUCACGCCCACGCCCAGCUUCAUCGUGCUGCGAUGGACAUCAAAUCUUCGUGCAAAAUGCGCAGCACCAGUAGUCAAGGAAAUCCUCCCCGUACUGUCGGAGCUGUCCCCCGGGCCGCCGGGCCGCGCGGACCUCGCGCCGCUCAACGUCGUCAUCGCGGACUUCGUGGACAUGGCGGACGCAGUCUUCCCCAGGACCAUCAUCAACCUCAACAACAAACUCUUGCGGAAUAGGGACGUAGUAUACCAUAGCUAUGGGUGAGAUCUCAAACAAUGUACCUGCUUUUAGUUUUAAGGAUUACUUUAUAUUUUUAUAUGACAGUUUUCUGUGAUAUUUUAUAAAA